AUGAAGACCCUUUCCUCGCUAAGUGCAAUCUCGGGCGCAGAAUCUAGCCAUCAAGGUGCAUCUCGGGAAAUUACCACUUCACAAUUGCCAUACGAGCUUCAAAGGGAGAUUUUUGAGAUCGCGGCGACUUUAAAUGGUAUAUCUGCAUUUCGUUUAACAGAAGUCUCGAGUUUUGUAAGCAAUUGGGUUCGUCCGAUUCUGUACCAAAGGAUCGUUCUUCGUAACUCCCGUGCAGGUUCAUGUUUUCUCCGUGCAAUAGGGUCCAAGCCAACACAUUUUUAUAACAAACUCGUGAAGUCCUUGACACUCACUGAGGAUGUCAGUAUGGCGUGUUUGAAACCCGUUCUUGCGGAAUUACGGAACAUAAUCUCAUUCACACUUUUCGGGGUGGCGUACUCACAAGAGAUGUACAAUAUUUUGAACCUCAUCAGAUCCCCACAUCUUCGGAGGAUGACCCUGGUAUACAGACAUAAUAGCGAGAGGACUCUAACAUCACACCAAGCUCAUGAGAUUCCUCCCAAAAUCCUCACGUCGUUGACACAUCUGACGAUAGUCACGGACCAUCCAGACAGGUUCCUCAAUUCGUGGGACAACCUGGACUCUGCGUUAUCUGGUAACGCUGCAACAUCCGUUCCCAAUCACCUGGCCUUAUUCCAGCAUUUGACACACUUUGCUGUGUCUUUUUGCCGCUACACCGUCGUUCAUCGGAUUAUGCAGGCCGCACCUAAUCUUCGAUAUUUCGUUAUUCUACUGCCUGCUAAUUUUAUCCAUGCGUGGAAGGAUGGGUUGUUGAAUUUUGCUCGCUUGCAGCUUGGCGUCUCAGUGGUCAUUUUAAAAAACCUGGGGGAUACAGCUUCGUGGAAUGUGAACGAUGGUUUCGGACCAUCCAACUUUUGGAGGUGGGUAGAAAGGUUGGUCGAGGACGGGUAUAUCUCAGACAAUGGCGAUAUAAAGGGCGUGCAGAGACAUACAUGGCUAUAA